AUCGUUCACUGUCCACAGCAGAGUCCAGAGUGAAGAUGUCGUCACUGCUGCUGUGGUGUGUUGUUGUGUUGACGACUCACAUCUGCAGCGUCACAGCGACACACAAUCAUCGCAGCCUGUUUACCGGGCCUGAAGAUGCUCGACUGGCCGAGGGCAGCAGCCGCUGCUCUGGUGCUGUGGAGAUGAAGCAUGAAGGAGAGUGGAGAACUCUCACCCUCUUUCCCAAAGUGCUUCCAGCUACACAUAAGGUCAGAUAUGCAGACAUAGCAUGUAGGCAGAUGGACUGUGGCUCCGUGGUCUCUGUCAGAUACAGCACCAACAACACUGACCCUAAACCAGCAUGGAAGGUUGACUUCCACUGCAGAGGCGCUGAGGCCACCAUGAUGGAGUGCAUCACCGGCCCAGGAGCCGGGAGAGUGCAGGGGAAGAAUGCAUCUCACUCCAGUCUGGACGUGGUCUGUGCAGAGUCUGUGAGGUUUGUGGAAACACUGAACACCUGCAGAGGCCCAGUGGAGGUGAGGUCAGGUCAGGGUUGGGUCCCCGUGUGUGGAGACGGUUUUGACUCGCAGACUGCACAGGUCAUGUGCAUGGAGCUCGGCUGUGGGGCUCCACAGUCUGACACACAGGCGUUCACACGGGGAGAAGAACUGGUCUCAUCCCAACUGUUCCAGUGUAAAGGCAACGAGUCUCGUCUGGAGGACUGCGCCAAAUCCACCCGCCACCACUGCAGACCACUUACUAGGAUUUCCUGCUCUACUGACGGUGAUGAUUUGAGGCUGGUGGGAGGAGCAAGUCGCUGCAGUGGAACUCUGGAGGGGAAGCAUGACAGAGAGUGGAGGCCGCUGGCUGAUAUAUGGGACUACUGGCAACCCGGCGCAGUCUGCAGGCACCUGGACUGCGGCGACGUCGUCUCAGCGUCGAGGACUUAUCUUCAAAAGCAACGCGCGUGGAAACUUGUAAAUGAGUGCAAACGCAUGCGCAGCACACUCUGCAGAGACUUGGUCGAGACUGAGAGCAGAGACGUCAUGACUGUGGCCUGUUCAGAGAACGUGAGACUUAAAGGAAGAGAACAGUGUUCAGGUCAGAUCCAGGUGAAGACCGGCCAGCUGUGGUCUCCAGUGUGUCGGAAAGUCUUCGGUCCAGAGGAAGCAAAAGUCAUCUGCAGACAUCUCGGCUGCGGCUUUGCUCAUCUGCGCGAUUCCUUUGGUCGAUAUGGAGUCAGUGAACGCUCCUGGGCGCCGGAGUUUCAGUGUGACGGUGACGAGCAGCGUCUCAGCGACUGUCGCUCCGCGGCGCUCAAUACCACAGAAGAGUGUGGAGAAGCUUCGCUGACCUGCAGAAAACUUCCUUAUCGACCUGAUGUGUUCAUCACAACUGCACAAGGGAAGAAUGUGAAUACGGAUAAGAUUCGUAAAGGCCAACGUUUUGCCAUCGUCUGCAGCCAUCGCUCAGAUUACCGCGUCCACGCCUUCCGCCUCAGGUUUGACGUGUACAGCUCACUGCCCACAGUGACGACUCAGUCACCUGACGACGACGGCGACGCCGUCUUCCUCUUUCCUCCGGCAGACGACCAUCACUCACGAUACUUUAUCUGCGAGUACAGCUACGAUUUCGCACCUGAGAUUUUCUCGUCACCAAACCACGAGUUUCUCACCGUUAACGAGGUCGACGACCUGAGGUUAUUGGGAGCAGGUAACCGCUGUCAUGGCAGAGUGGAGCUGGAGUAUGAGAAUGAGUGGAGAGCGCUGAGCCCCCGGCACUCGUGGAGCCUGCAGGAGGCGGACGUGGUGUGCAGGCAGCUCAAAUGCGGCUCGGCCGCGUCGACCCGGACGCUCAGAAACGAGGCUGAACUUAUGCCGACGUGGCGAUUCUACUCCGACUGUCGCGGCUCGGAAAAUGUCCUCGUGGACUGCGGCACCGUGGAGAAGUGGCUUUCUUCUUCUACUGUUCAAGUGGUCUGCUCAGAUAUUCUGCCUCAGCCCAACGUGACUCUGUACUCGGGACAGAGCGGUGGACUGAAUGAAAACAUGGAGGUCAACAGGGGCCACAGCUUCACGGUGCUCUGCUCUGUGGAGCCUCAGUAUCCUGGAGGUCACUUCAGCCUCAUCCUCAGAGGCUUCAACCAAACCUCUAACUUCACUCAGCCGUGUGUCCACCACUCAGCCGUCUUUGAGUUCACCAGGUCAUCCGCGGUGCAUCAGGGCAACUACAGCUGCGUUUACCACAACUCUCUCUUCGGUCAUGACUUCUCUUCCGAGGAGUCCGAGGGUCUCUAUGUCACGGUCAAAGACACGUUGGACGUGACGCUGGACGACGGCACGUCCCGCGACGACCCCGACGACCUCUGCUGUGCCGGGAAGCUGCUGGUGGGCUCGUGGGACCGGAGGCUGCUGAGCGCAGAGUCCACGGUGUGGGACCUGAAACACGCUGCCGUGGUGUGCACACAGCUGGACUGUGGCCCCGUCGUCUCCACCAGAGUGGUCACUCUUGCCAAAGUGGCAAAGGUGUGGCGCUUGUUCUCUGACUGCGAUGGAUCGGAGACUUCGCUGAUGGACUGUAUAAGUAUAAAGACGUGGUACUCCGCCUCCGCCAUCGAAGUGGUCUGUGCUGGUGAGACAGUUCACUGACAGCUCGUUCCUUUCAUCACUGACGGGAGAA